AUGGUAAAUGAACUUGCUAGAGAUUUGUUGGGAAUUGAUGAUUUCAAGCUGGCAAAAUUCAGUUAUACUAGGGAUGAAUUGCAAGUAAAAUCUAAUAAGUCUGAUAAAGAGGAAAAAGCUAAUAGAGUAUUAACAGAAGAUAAUGAAUAUGAAAAAA